UUUUAUUAUUCCUCCGCUUUAAUCCACAUACUCCCCUAUACAUAUUCAAAAUUCUUUUUAUUAUUCAAAAUUCUUUUUAUACAUCUGUUUAGAGCGAUUUAUUCCCACUUUGUUUAUUACCAACCGCUAUUAAUUUAUAUUUUUGCUCACUUUUGGAACAUUUUUUAUCUUUUCUCACUUUGUUUAUGUUUAACUCUUGGUCCUAAUUAUGCUGGAAAUCUUUGGCCUGAGGCGAUCUAUUUCUGGUGGAGUCUAACAUUUCUGCAUCAGUUAGUAAUGGAGUUUGACGUCCUUUGCCAUUGCUUUUCUCUACUUUGCUAUGUUAUUCGGCUUUUGUUAAAAUCUUUCUCAAAGUGCUUGAUGAAGUACUUGUUCAAAGUAUGCGGCUUUUGUUAAAGGCGUUCUUUUAGAUGGAUAAUGAAUCAGGUUUAAUAAUGAAUUGUAGAUUCCUGAAAGCGAAAUAUUGCUUCCUAUUGAAAUAAGAAGCAAUAUUUACUCUUUAAUUAAUGUUUUGUUCCUUGUUUUACUAAACAGCUAGGGUGCAUUUUUUAAAUUUCGAUUAUAUACUCAAAAAGUUAACAGACUACAGAGUUUUCUUUAUUACAUAUUUUUACUUUAAACUUCAGAAUAUUCUCGUCCCGUCCAAACUACCACAAAUCAUAAUGAGUGAAAAGGAGAUACCGUAUGUAAACAGUUGUAAAUGCAAUUCUCCUAAAGACAAUAAUUGUGCCCAUUAUUUGUCAAAUUGGCUGAUUGAGAAUGGUAAACUUUCAGAAAAUCCAGUUGGUGCAACAGCAACCUGCUCUGAAGGACGAGUAUUGCGUGCCAAGGAUUUAGCGACGGGAUUUGGAAAAAAUGCCGUUGGAUUUGGGAAUAUAUUCAAAUACGAGAUGGGGCUGUUAAUGAGUCAUAAUCCGCCCAAAGGCGAUUGUUUCGUUUACUGUGAGCGUGGUGGUCGAGGACAUGUUUACUAUGGAACUAAAGAUAGUUGUGUUGCUGGAACGGGGAGCGGGAAGGAUUUUGGGGCGCAAUACUAUCAAUAUUAUACUUAA